UUUGUUGUUUAUUUAAAUGAUAAAAUGAUGUAUUUCAGAGACGUUUCCCACAGGUGAAGAUGAGCUGAACCAGUUACAGAGAGUCACACUUUUAACAGUGUGAAAACCCCAAAUGUCGUCAAGUGAUGGAAGGUCCAGGAUUCGGGACAGGGGCUACAGUGAGGUUCCAGGGGACAUGCCUGGUCCCGAUGGUACCAUAAGAACCCUCCAGUCCCUUCAGAGCAGUGAGCUGGCUCUGAGCGCAGAUCCUCUGCCGCCUCCCCCUCUCCCAUUACAGCCACCAUUCGGCCCGAGCUUCUCCUCAGAUGACACAGAGGACCCAGCCAUAGCACCAGACCUCAAGCCGGUAAGGCGCUUUGUCCCCGACUCCUGGAAGAACUUCUUCAGAGGGAAGAAAAAGGAUCCAGAAUGGGAUAAGCCAGUGUCUGAUAUCAGAUACAUCUCGGAUGGUGUGGAGUGCUCACCUCCGGCCUCUCCAGGGAGACCAAACCACUUCCCACCCAGUUCUUACAAAGAUCCUUCUGGAGGGUCGGAAGGUGCCUUCAACUCCCAGCGGGGGGCAGAUGCCAUGUUUCCCCAGGACCCCUACUCAUCCCUAGACCGGCGCACACAGACGGCGCGGACCUACAGUGAGAAGGUGGAGGAGUACAAUAUGCGAUAUGCCUACAUGAAGUCGUGGGCAGGCCUGCUGAGAAUUCUGGGUGUGGCUGAACUGCUUCUGGGGGCUGGCGUCUUCGCCUGUGUCACGGCUUACAUCCACAAGGACAACGAGUGGUACAACUUGUUUGGAUAUACACAGCCCUAUGGCACGGCAGGUCUGGGCAGCACCUAUGGGGGUUAUUACUACAGUGGCCCCAAGACCCCUUUCGUACUCGUGGUGGCUGGAUUGGCUUGGAUCGCCACUAUUAUUAUUCUGGUGCUGGGCAUGUCCAUGUACUACCGCACCAUUCUUUUGGACUCUAACUGGUGGCCCCUGACGGAGUUUGGCGUGAACGUCGCCUUGUUUAUCCUGUACAUGGCCGCAGCCAUUGUCUAUGUGAAUGACACCAACAGAGGUGGACUCUGCUACUAUCCAUUAUUUAACACGCCGAUGAAUGCAGUGUUCUGCCGGGUAGAAGGAGGUCAGAUCGCUGCAAUGAUCUUCCUGUUUGUCACCAUGAUAGUGUAUCUCCUCAGCGCCCUGGUCUGUCUAAAGCUCUGGAGGCAUGAGGCGGCCCGGAGGCAUAGGGAAUUCAUGGAGCAGCAGGAGAUAAAUGACCCAUCAUUGUCAUCAAAAAGGAGAAUGUGCGAAGUGGCCACCAGUGACAGACAGAGAGACCAAGAAGUUAAUCUCAAGGAGUCGAGAACAGUGAAAACGACCCCUGAGCUUCAAAGCGGGCACAUCCCUCCGGGCUACAUUCCCAAGCCCAUCGUGAUGCCUGACUACGUGGCAAAAUAUCCUGUGAUUCGGACGGAUGACGAUCGAGAACGUUACAAAGCUGUGUUCCAAGACCAGUUCUCAGAGUACAAAGAGCUGUCUGCGGAAGUGCAGGCCAUCCUGAGGAAGUUCGAGGAGCUGGAUGCGGUGAUGAGCAGGCUGCCACGUCAUGCUGAAAACCCCCAGGAACACGAGAGAAUUUCAAGAAUCCAUGAAGAGUUUAGGAAGAAAAGGAAUGACCCUUCAUUUCUGGAAAAGAAGGAGCGUUGUGAUUACCUCAAGAACAAACUUUCUCACAUAAAGCAAAGAAUUCAAGAGUAUGAUAAAGUAAUGAACUGGGAUACGCAAGGUUAUUCUUAGCCCGUUUGAAACUGUUUUUAUAGCCAACUGUCUCUUCACUGCCUUUAUAUGCUGGGCUCAUGGGUGAGAAGCGGGCUCUUCCAGGUCAGUUUCUGCUUGGUUUAAUAUCCAAGGUUAAACGCUGUGAUUUUACUCAGACAUUUCAGACCUACCUAGAGCCUUUCCUGAGACUGGCGAAACCGUGUAUUCACCUGAUUCCAGUUUCAUGUUUUUCUCAUUAAAAUGUGUUGCCGUUUUAGAUAUCCGUCUCUGGGGAGGGGCGAGCUCAGAACCCCCAGUUCUGAUCUUGCUUUUUCCUUCAUUCAGGCUGCUUCCUUCAGUUUCUCUAGGAAUUUCUCUUCGUAAGAGAAGUUCUUAGGAGACUCUUCCUAGGGAAGUCACGAGGACUUGAAGCAAAGAUCGGUUGUCACACAUUGUGAUCUUGGGCCACUUGAUUAAGCCUCUGUGCCCUUUGCUGCUGUAAGAUGGAAGUAGGGUGGUACCUACCUCAUAGGGCAGUCAGAGCAGCGCAUCUGUGCGGGAAGUGCUGCGGGCGUGUUGCUGCAUGGGUGAGCUACCUAGGAUGUGUCUCAAGGAACAGUCUUUAACCAGCGGUUAACCAAAAAAGAUUGUCUUUGUGCCUUAAGUAGAUGUCUCGCUGUUGUCUGUGACCAUGCAUAUGUCCCCAAGUCCCCCGCCUAGCCUGUCUUGUGCACAUGGGAAUGACACCUUUUAUUGACUUGGUUCUCUCCAAGAUUCAUUAGCACACUUCAUCUUACCGAUAACCUCCUGGUUGACGUUUUAUUCAUCAGAAAAGUUUUACUAUUUUUUUUUUAAAGAAAUUGUUGGCAGGCAGGAGAUGUAGAUCAGUGGUCAAGGAUUUUCCUGGCAGGCUUAGAAGAAACCCUGAUCCCUAGUAACGUCAAAAAAAAAAAAAAAAAAGAAAAUUAACCAGGCGGUGGUGGUGUGCAGGCCCUUAAUCCCAGCACUUGGGAGGCAGAGGCAGGUGGAUCUCUGGGUUCAAGGCCAGCCUGGUCUACAAGAGUUCCAGAAUGGGCUCUAGAAACCCUGCCUUGAAAAACAAACAAAUAAAUAAAUAAAAUUUUUAAGAUGCUGAAGAUGUAGCUGGGUUGAUAGAACAACUGCCCAGCCUGUGUGAAGGUUCAGUCCCAGCACUGCAUAAACAGUGCAUUGUGUUUAAUGCCUGGGAGGCAGGAAGAUAAGGAGUUCAAAGUCAACCUUUGCACAGUGAGUUCAAGGCCAGCCUGGACUAAGUGAAGUCCUGUCUUGAAAAAUAAAAAUAAAUUAAAAAAAAUAAAAAAAAUUAAGAUGGAGAAGAAAAAAACACUACUUCUGGUUUCUCUCUAUUCAGCAGGAUCUAGCCAAUUAUUUCCCUGAUAGAAUUAUGGUUUCUGCCUCAUAUAGCUUCCAUUCAGAUAACUGAUUAAUGUCCAAAGGAUUUUACAUAGUGGAGAAACCAGAGUAACACAUGGAACAGGCAGAAAGUUCCAGCUUCUACAUGACCUAACUUGUCUUUCUGAGUGACGGGCAGUACAUCUGCAAAUUCAAAUAAGUAAAUAAAUAAGUCGAUAAAAUAUGGUGGUGUGCACAAUGUCCUAGCAUUCAGCAGCUGAGGCAGAAGGAUGUCAAGUUCAAGCCAGCUUGGGCUACAAAGCAAGACUCUGUUGUCUUGUUUUGUUUUUAAAUGUGAGAUAUUCUCAUUUUGUACAUUUAAAAAUAUCUAGCUUAACAUUAAAAUUAAAUGUUAAGGACAUUUAACUUUGUGAAACUUUAUUUUACUGUAUUAUAAAUGUUAAUCUUUUAAGACUGAUGCUGUAGAACCGAUUCUUUUUUAAUGUUAUAUCAAUGCAUAGAUGCAUUAAAAUG